GCAGACAGAGGAGGAGGAGGAGGGAGGAAGAUGCUACAGAACGACACAGAUGUUUGUAGACGGCGCUCUCCCUCUGCAGCAAACUGGGGCUUUUUCCAUCAUGCCAGCAGACAAACUGACGCAGGAACUGAGCUUUCUGGAGUCUGACUGCAAACACUGACUCAUACGCUCUGGAUUAGUCUGCAGAAUUAAAAAAAGCCAAACGCAGGAGCAGAAAUGGCAGCAGCAGACAUCCUCCCUUUUGCUCUGUGGGUCAUCACAUUCCUCUCGUCCGUCCUCUGCUGCCCUGAGUCUUGUACCUGCUCAGAUAAAUACGGGCGCCACUAUGCUGAAUGCUCCUACAGAGAUUUAGCCAAAGUCCCAGAGGGUUUGCCUCCCAACGUGACGACCGUCAGUCUCUCCGCCAACCUGAUCGCCAUGAUCCCACUCGGCAGCUUCGAUAACGUCACCCAGGUGACCUCCCUGUGGAUGGCCCGCAACGACAUCUCCUCCAUCGAGGAAGGGAGCCUCGUACCUUUGGUUCAUCUUCGCAACUUCGACAUUAGCCACAAUAAGAUGGUGGACUUCCCCUGGGGGGAUUUGGUGAACCUGACAGCUCUGGAGAUGCUGAAGAUGAACCACAACGAGUUGGCCCACCUGCCCAGAGACGCUUUCACCAACCUCAAAAACCUGAGGUCACUCAGACUUAACAACAACAGGUUCGGGACCAUAGCUGAGGGGACGUUUGACAACUUGGUGUCUUUGUCGCAUUUGCAGAUAUUUAACAAUCCUUUUGUGUGCACCUGCACUUUGGACUGGCUCAGAGACUGGAUCUCCUCAACCAUCGUCUCAGUUUCGGAUCAGAGCUUGAUCACUUGCGCAUUUCCCAAGGAACUUAAAGGUGAAGUCAUUUUAAAACUGCCAGAGUCCAAGUGUACAAGCCCAAAUGUCACAGUACUGACUGAACCGCAUGUUAUCGACAUGGUUUUCCACGAGAACUCUGAAUUAAUUUUGACCUGUGAGUUCAACGGAAACCCGAGACCUCUGGUGGUGUGGAAUAUUUCCAGCAAAGGCCAAAAACAUGAGGUGGUUCUGUCUGUCACUGAGGACAACUCUGCAGAAUCUAAUGAAGGCUCUGACUCCUUUAAAGUGUUUAACAAUGGCACGCUUCUCUUUUCAAGCCUCAGACAAGAGGAUGAUGGGAACUACAGCUGCUCUGCAACAAAUGCGUUUGGCAGAGAUGAAGAUUCAGUGUCUGUUAAGGUGAUUGCACGUCCAAAACCAACACCAAUCAAAGUGAUGACCACAGUGUUCACUUCUACUCACACCAACCCAACAGUUCACCCACAAACCAAGAGAAAAUCAGUCUUUGGUUCUCUAAAUCUUCCAGAUUUAAAAAGAAAAGACCCAACAAUCCCUCCAACUGCUCAUAUCAAUCCUAAAUUUUAUGAAGACACAACAAGAUACCUGAUUCGUUCAAGCAAAUGUGGCUUAACUGCGAACACAAAGAACAUCUCCGGCCACAUCCUGAACGCAAGCCUGGACGACGUAAAGCAGUACACCUUCGACUUUGGUGUCAUUGCACUAGGAGUGUCAGAAACAGAGGUAACGGUGCGACUCAAUCCCCUACUUAUACCCCAAGACAGGAGCCCCAGCCGAGCCAAGAGCUUCCAGAGUGACAGCGAGGAAAACUCCGGCUUUCUGGAUGUCCUGGAAAACUUCCAAUCAAGCGGUUUGUAUCUUUGCAUUACUGCCGACAGCAAACACUCCGCCGUUCAGUGGUCACAGAUCAAGGAAGGCGUCAACACCUACCUGUUCAGUGGCUUACGGCCUGGCACCAACUACUCUCUGUGUCUGACCUACAGAGGGGAGGACUGUGAAGUCCAGGUGCUCUUUGCCACCAGACGGAGGGUACCGAACCUCCUCAUCAUCAUCUCCGUCAGCAUCUGCCUGCUCACCGUGUCCACUGUGCCUCUGCUUGGCGCAACGUGCUUCCACCUGGUCUACAAGUACCGCAGUAAGACCUACCGUCUGAUCCUGAAGGCCAAAGACCAGUACCACCUGGAGAGGAACCUGAGCAUGCACGCUCCCAUCACGGAGUCUCAGAGGAAGAUAAACGAGUACGAAGUGGAGACGGAGAGCAUAGACGACGGGGAGAAGGAGGCAGACACAGAGGAAAGCAUCGUCACCGAGUCUUUCACUUGCAAGGGAAACGUAGACGACUGUGAGAUGGGAUCUGAGUACAGCGACAGGCUGCCUCUGGGGGCCGAAGCCGUCAAUAUUACCAGCAACUACAGAUAUCCUGAUGACUAAUCUGCAAACAUGUUCUGACCCAAAUCACUCUUAUUUCUCGUUGGUUUGGUUUAUUUUAAGUCCCAAAGAAGUUCUGCUCUCCUUCACAUUGAUCUGACAUGGAUGAAGCUAGAUUUGCCUUAAAGCAGAACCAAAGCUGCCAAUGUCUGUAGCAGCACUCGAGCUAGACCCAAACGUUUGAGUGAGAAUGGGCCAAAACCUGGGAUGCAAAUGGUUGAGAAAUGGGUUAUUAGAAUCAAAUUUGUUUUAAUCUAUUAACUAAUAAUUUCCGAUUAAACCUUUUUUCAGUGUCGUAGUUUGACCGCCAAUACCGAAACAAAGAUGGCCGCGCAGGUAUCCCAGAACGGGAAAGAGAAAUGGUCCAAACAGAGUCUGGUAUGCGGUUCUGUUUAGAAAUAUAAACACUCAACAAUAGAGGUGAUUCUGCUGAUGAUGGAGCAGCAUCGUCCGAUUUACUACGAAGCUGAGAAGGAUCUGAUGACAUAAACGUGAGGCAAUAAUGCAGAAAAAUUGCAACAUGACAGAAAAAGUCAUGAUGCCAAUAAGAAUGGUUGAUUUUGAGGUUUGUCUAAGUUUAAUACUGUAAGAAAACCACAAUUUUCUAUUUAUUCAGUGAGUAUUUAACACAGCUGAUACAAAAAUAGUUUAAAUAUAGCGAUGUACUUCUUUUUUUAAGUUCAGCAUAUUAUGAAAAAUUUAGCCGGUCGGCCAUCUUGAACUUUAGAUUAAGUCAUUAUUUAUAAAUUUGCAAUCCUAGACCAAAAUGUUGCACCACAGCAUCAAAGCAGUCAAUGUCUGUCUUUAUUUUAUUUAAUUGAUUUGAAAAGCUGAAGCCGCUUUCAUGCCUGAUGAGAAACGAUGCAGCCAGAAUAUCAACAAAGACUCAACAAACAACUUUAGAGAUAAUUUCACUGUCGUCUGUAGAAACACUGAAGAUCUGCCUCAUUUUCUGUGUUAUAAUACAUUCUGUGUUUUUAUGUAUAUCAUGAAAAAAAAACAAUCUCUUUAAAUGUCAAGUCUUUAAAAACAACAUUUGUUUGUACAUUAAAUGCUUUUUUUGCACAAAACGACGUUAUCAUAUUUAUUCUGAGAGAAAAGACUGAAAACGCUUUUUUUUUUAGAUAGUUCACAGAUUCAAUAAUUAAAUUUGCAAAAGUAUUAAUAAUAUUAAAAUGUUGUUUAAUGUGUUCUUAGGUGAUAGACUGACACAGACCAGUAAGGAAAUGUGGAUUGGAAGAAGUUUUUUUCUUUUUCUCUCAAAUAAAAAGCUAUAGCAUGCAUAGAAUCAGCCUUCAUAAGUCAGCGGCUUAUAGAAGGACUUUUCAUCAUAUUUUUGCUCUAUUGGUUCUCUACUUUGACUAGGCCACUCUGAUACAUCCAAAUGCCUUUAUCUAAACCAUCUCACUAUUGCUUUGAUUGUUGUCCUCUAGUCGUUCUCUAUUUGUUCUCCAAUAAUGUUGGUUGGCCUCUUCCUGCCAAAGGAAAACAUCCUCAAAGCAUGAUGCUGCCACCGCCGUGUUGUAUGGUGUGUUCAGGGUAUUCUGUGAUGUGUUGUUUGUCCUACACACAUGGUAUUUUGAUGUGGGUUACACAACAUUUUAAAAAGGUAUCAGAGUAAACAGACUAAAAAAUAAAUUACACUUAGUUAAUAUUUAGUUUUAGAAUUAUGCUCCAUUUUAUGUUGUUCUAUCAUAAAAUCUUAACUAAAUAUAUUUUAAAAAACUGCAAAAACACAAAAGCUUACCAAUUAUUUUUGGUCUAGUUUCUGCUGCAGAUAUCUUAGUGAAAUUGAAAUAAGACAAAAUAAACCUAUAAUUUACUUAUCACCACAACAUAAGAGCUUUUUCUACAUAAAAAAUUCCUUAAUAUUAUUUUUCUUAUAACAAGAUUUUACCCGUGUUACAGGUGGAACUACUAAUUUUUUGUCAUUGUUAGUUAAUUAUUCACUUAAAACAAGAUCCUAUAUCUUUUUGAAAAGUUACUUUUAAGUUAAUUUUGUCUUACUUUAAAAGUUCUAAGAUAUUUUCAUUAAAAACUAGACAAAAAUACUCUUUAAAUUGUGUUUUUUCUGUAAAGUGUGAAGAUGAUUUUGGAGAAGGCUCUUCUGCAAGGCAAGGUAAACGUGAAGCAAUUACUGCAAUGAAAUGUGGAGCUCUCUCUCUCUCUCUGGUGUUGACAAAUUAUAAACAAAGGUUCAACAUCAUAAACUGUUUAUUUAGUAAAUUAUGUUUCUCUUUUACAGAACUCUUAGAUUAAAAUAUACAAAAACGCCUGAUAAGCUGGUUAAAUCUGCUCUCUAGGAUCACGAUGGAAAAAGUGAAAAAUGUUUUGGUCUUACAGUAAAUUAUAACGCUUAAAAAAACAGUUAUAUGUGAAAACAUGUAAUUUUCUGUUGUGAUUUUUGUCUCAUGAGGAAAACAGCUAAAUCUCAGAAAUCUAAAUUCUGUUGCUCUAAAGGUAAUCUGUUUGUCCUGUUUUAAUGUCAGGAUAUUCUGUGAAAUUACCAAAAAUACUGUAAACUUGCUGUUGGUAGAAAUGUAUACAAACACUUCAGUAUUAUGUAAUUAUGUGUUUUGGGUCCUUCUCCAACGGGCUGCCGUUUUAGAGGCCCUGCAUGCUGCCUGUGUUCUCGACUCAAAAUUCAACUUUAUUUCUGUGCCUCUUGUCUGUUUAACCCAAGUGAUAAAGGAAGUUGUCUGUUUUCAUACAUUCCCAUUUAACCCUCAAUGUGCUUCAAUAAAAUGUAAAAAGUGGGAUAACUA